CAUGAUUCGAUUAUCUCCACCUGGUCCCGCCUUGACACGUGGGGAUUAUUACAAUUCAAGAUGAGAUUUUAGGUGGGGACAUAGCCAAGCCAUAUCAGUUCUCCUGCAUCCACCACAGCCCGAGGAGGAGCACUGAAGAGGCCAAGGAUUCCACUGGGCAGUGAGACGGGGUGCAGCAGGCUUUCAGUACGAUUCAGGCUCUGGUGGCUGUGAGGUGUGGAUUCUUACGACUCUCAACUCCUGGUAUCUUUUGCUUCUGGACAGUGCAGUAAGAGGGACUGGGGGUUGUCGUCCGUCUGUCUGGACUUCCCAAAGGAGAAGUCAUGGUGAGGCCCAGGGAAAGGACCAUCUAGGCUAUCACAGGGCUGGGUAAAAGAAGUCCUCAGUGCUCACUUUUUAAAAAAGUUAUUUUAAUUUAUUACUACUAUUAUUUUAUUAUUAUUUUUGAACACUGUUGGUGACCAUUAUUAUUAUUUUACUGUGGUAAAAUAUAACAUAAAUUUUAUCAUCUUGGCGAUUUUUUUUUUUUUUUGAGACAGAUCUCACUCUGUCGCCCAGACUGACGUGCAGUGGUGGGAUCUUGGCUCACUGCAGCCUCAACCACUGGGCUCAAGUGAUCCUCCCACCUCAGCCUCCCAAGUAGCUGGGACUACAGGUGUGCACCACCAUGCUUGGCUAAUUUUUGUAUUUUUUGUAGCGAUAGGGUCUCACUGUGUUGCCUAGGCUGGCCUCAAACUCCUGGACUCAAGAGAUCCUUUUGCCUGGGCCUCCCAAAGUGUUGGCAUUAUAGGCUUGAGCCACCAUGCCUGGCCAUUGUAGCCAUUUUUAAGUGUGCAGUUCAGUAGUUUUGAAUACAUUCAUAACGUUGCACAACCAUCACCACCAUCCAUCUCCAGAACCCUUUUCAUCUUGUAAAACUGAAACUCUGUGCCCAUUGAACAAUAACUCCUGAUUCCCUCUUGGCCCAGCCCCUGGCAACCAUUAUUCUACUUUCUGGCUCUAUGAUUUUGACUAUUGUAGAUACCUCCUAUAAGUGGAAUCAUACAGCAUUUCUCUUUUUGUGACUGGCUGAUUUCAUUUAGUGUAAUGUCUCAGCACCAUCCAUGUUGUAGCAUGUGUUGGAAUUUUUUGCAUAUUAAGGCUUAGUAAGAUUCCAUUGUACAUUUAUACCCACUUUGUUUACCAAUCAUCUGUUGACGGAUACUUCAGUUGCUUCCACAUUGUGAAUAAUGCUGCUACAAACAUGUGUGUACAAAUAUUUCUUUGAGAUCCUGCUUUAAAUUCUUCUGGGUAUAUACCAAGAAGUGGGAUUGCUGGAUCAUAUGGAAAUUCUAUUUUUAAUUUUUUGAGGAACCACCAUACUGUUUUCCAUAGCAGCUGUACCAUUUUACAGUCCCACCAACAGUGCACAAGGAUUCUGAUUUCUUCACAUCCUCACCAACAUUUGUUUUUUCCUAUUUAUUUAUUUAUUUUAGAUUUGAGGGUCUUGGUAUGUUACCCAGGCUGGUCUCCAAUUCCUUGGCUCAAGAGAUCCUUAUGCCUCAGCCUCUCAAGUAGCUGGGAUUACAGGCACAAACCACAGCACCUGACAUAUUUUCCAUUUUUUUGUUAAUAGCCUUCCUAAUGGGUGUGAGGUGGUAUCUCACAGUAUUUUGGUUUGCAUUUCCCUAAGAAUUAGUGAUGUUGCAUUUUUUCAUGUGCUUAUUGGUCACCCAUAUAUCUUCUUUGGAGAAACAUCUGUUCAGUUCGUUUUUGAAUCGGGUUGUUUUCCUCAGCCCUCAGUCUUGUCACAUGUAUGGAUCUGAUAUCAGAUCAGCAGCACGUAAGUUAGUCUUCUUGGAGCUGAAGCAGCAGCAGGAAGUGGUGAGGACUCUGGCUCCUGGGUUCCAGCUCUCUUGCUCUCCCUUGCUCAUCAGGCUAAUAUCAGCAUGGGUGACAGGAAAGCCUGGAAGACCAACUUCACCUUCUUUAACAAUCCUUUUACUCAGGGUCAGCCCAGAGUAGCAGGUUGUGGGUACCACCUAAGACAUCUGAUUUAAGGUGAAGAGUGAUGUAUUUAGAAUUGGCCAGUGCUUUGACAGCUGCAAACGUAAGCUUUAACACGCAUAUUAAAAUGAAUACUGAGCUUAGUUCAGUCUUUCAUUUCCUUUUAAUACUUGAAAAGCUAGUUUUGUUUUAAAGUUCUCUUAAUAGCCUCUAGCAGGUGAAUUUAUUCUUCCGCUUGAUUGCAUUUGGACCCUUAAGUAAGAGCCGCCUUGAAAUUGAAACCAGGAAAACCCCGGGUCUCUGGCCAGAAGAAGCAAAGGUAGAGGAGCCUCACUCCAUGACCACCACCACCAUAGGCCCACAGGAUAAACUGCCAGGCUACCACUGAUGUUCCCUUAAGACCCAAGCGUUCUUCAGUCAGCUUGUGGGACAGGGUCUUGCUCUGUCACCCAGGCUGGAGUGCAGAAGUGCUAACAAAACUCACUGUAGCCUCAAAUUCCUGGGCUCAAGUGAUCUUCCCACCUCAGCCUCCCUAGUAGCUGGGACUACAGGUGUGUACCACGAUGCCCAGAUAAUGGCUGUGUUUAAUCAGAAGUCUGUCUUGGAUAUGAUUAAAGAGUUUCGAAAGAAUUGGCGUGCUCUUUGUAACUCUGAGAGAACUACUGUUUGUGGUGCAGACUCCAUGCUCUUGGCAUUGCAGCUUUCUAUGGCAGAGAACAACAAACAGCACAGUGGAGAAUUUACAGUCUCUCUCAGUGAUGUUUUACUGACAUGGAAAUACUUGCUCCAUGAGAAACUGAACUUACCAGUUGAAAAUAUGGACAUGACUGACCAUUAUGAGGACAUUAGGAAGAUUUAUGAUGAUUUCUUGAAGAAUAGUAAUAUGUUAGAUCUGAUUGAUGUUUAUCAAAAAUGUAGGGCUUUGACUUCUAAUUGUGAAAAUUAUAACACAAUAUCCCCUAGUCAACUACUGGAUUUUCUGUCUGGCAAACAGUAUGCAGUAGGUGAUGAAACUGAUCUUUCUAUACCAACAUCACCAACAAGUAAAUACAAUCAGGAUAAUGAAAAGGUGCAGCUGCUAGCAAGGAAAAUUAUAUUUUCAUAUUUAAAUCUGCUAGUGAAUUCAAAGAAUGACCUGGCUGUGGCUUAUAUUCUCAAUAUUCCUGAUAGAGGACUAGGAAGAGAAGCCUUCACUGAUUUGAAACAUGCUGCUCGAGAGAAACAAAUGUCUAUCUUUUUGGUGGCCACGUCAUUUAUUAGAACAAUAGAGCUUGGAGGGAAAGGAUAUGCACCACCACCAUCGGAUCCUUUAAGGACACAUGUAAAGGGAUUGUCUAAUUUUAUUAAUUUCAUUGACAAAUUAGAUGAGAUUCUUGGAGAAAUACCAAACCCAAGCGUUGCAGGGGGUCAAAUACUAUCGGUGAUAAAGAUGCAGCUGAUUAAAGGCCAGAACAGCAGGGAUCCUUUUUACAAAGCAAUAGAGGAAGUGGCUCAGGAUUUGGAUUUGAGGAUUAAUAAUAUUAUCAAUUCUCAAGAAGGUGUUGUAGCUGUUAGCACCACUGACAUCAGUCCUGCUCGGCCAAAAUCUCAUGCCAUAAACCAUGGUACUGCAUACUGUGGCAGAGAUACUGUGAAAGCCUUAUUAGUUCUUUUGGACGAAGAAGCAGCUAAUGCUCCUACCAAAAACAAAGCAGAGCUUUUAUAUGACGAGGAAAACACAAUCCAUCAUCAUGGAACUUCUAUUCUUACACUUUUUAGGUCUCCCACACAGGUGAAUAAUUCAAUAAAACCCCUAAGAGAACGCAUCUGUAAGUCAAUGCGAGAGAAAAAAAUUAAGAUGAAGCAAACUUUAAUUAGAUCCCAAUUUGCUUGUACUUAUAAAGAUGACUACAUGAUAAGCAAGGAUAAUUGGAAUAAUGUUAAUUUAGCAUCAAAGCCUUUGUGUGUUCUUCACAUGGAAAAUGACCUUUCUGAGGGUAUAAAUUCAUCUGUUGGAAGAUCAACAGUUGGAACAAGUUUUGGAAAUGUUCGCCUGGACAGAAGUAAAAAUGAAAAAGUAUCAAGAAAAUCAACUAGUCAGACAGGAAAUAAAAGCUCAAAAAGGAAACAGGUGGAUUUGGAUGGUGAAAAUAUUCUCUGUGAUAAUGGAAAUGAACCACCUCAACAUAAAAAUGCUAAAAUACCUAAGAAAUCAAAUGAUUCACAGAGUAAAUUGUACGGCAAACUAGCUAAAGUAGCAAAAAGUAAUAAAUGUACUGCCAAGGACAAGUUGAUUCCUGGCCAGGCAAAGUUAACUCAGUUUUUUAGACUAUAAAUUUGUGUCUUAUAGGCUUUAGGUUUAUGUAUCUAUAAGCCAUUCACCAAAGACAUGCGUAAUUUUUAAGAGACCAAGGUGUAAAGUAUGAUGAUUUAUUAUUUUGGUCUACAGUGUAUGUAAGGUUAGUAUGUUAAGCAUUGUUUAAAAAUACUAGUAAGUCAUAAUUAUGCAGAAUUUUCACAAAGUUUAAUGCACAGAGAAAGCAUAUCAUUUCAGUUACUGAUACAUCUUAACACUACUUUCUUUUAAAACAGACAUUUAACAUACACAAAUUAUAGUAGCAGUAUGGGCUUCUCCUCCCAUUGGCAAUUAAAUGCUUUUAUUUUCUUCUGAAAAGAUGAUGUGGACCAACAGGUAUCAGACUUGCCAACAAGGUCGGUAGACUCUUCCCAGCAUACAUCUGAGCACUGAAGGAAGAAGAAAGUUUAAAUUGUUUAAAGGACUAUAAUUAUCACACAAAAUUUAUUAAGAAAAAGAAUGGAUCUAGUAUAACUAAUUCUGAGUAAACCAAAAUGAUAAUAAUUAAUUGUUGCUAUUUAAUCCCACAUUUUUGGCAGGUGUAACUGAGCCAUGGUCUUAUUUGAUUUUGUUAUGAUUGCAUCCAAAUUCGCUUUAACUCAGAGUUCUGUUUAAUGGUGGUAGGAUGUAAGAAUUGAAUUUUGAAAAGACUACUCACUGUCAAAAUCUCUCCUUCCUAUAGGAAAUUUAGCUGAGUUUUCUUCAUCCCCAAUUUCUCUCUUUUCUUGUGUUGAUUCAGUAUUCUGAACUCCAUUCUCAGCUGGAAAAGCUACAGAUCCUUUUAGUGCAAGAUAAGGUUUUAUAGCCAGAUUCAGUGGCAGACCAUGAUUUAAGAAAUUAUGUUUGGAGCCUGUGUUCUGUAAAGAGAAGGUUGAUUUGGUUUUUAGCUCUCGUAUUCGGAGUGGAACUAUAAUACAAUUGUAUAAUAUUCUUAUUGAUCAAUUCAAAGAUGCUCCGCACUGUUUUUGACUUUUUAAAAAUAUCUUAGAUGCAAAUUUAUAGGAGGAAAAAAACUUUCAGGUAAGAGGUGUUUUCCAGGAUGGAAGAACUACUUGGCAUGUAAGAAAUAUCGUCAGUCGUCCUAAUGCAUAUUGUGACUGUUUGCAUAUACUUCUGUUUAUAAAAGUAUCAGUUUUACUUUUCAGAGGAUUUGUAAGAAUCACUUAAAUUUUCAGUGAAAUAAAUGACAAGUCACAUUGCUACUUA